AAGCGUGGAAAAUUAAUUUUGAAUUCUAAAGAUAUAAAUAGAGUUUAGAGACAAAGCCCUCCUACAAUUCGAUUUCAAGCAAAGCAAUGGGUCGCAACCAAGUCUUCGCCGUUGUCUGCAGCCUGUUGGCUCUGGGUACCUUAGUCCCUGUUGAGGCAUUGAUAGAUCUCAAGAAGGCGGGAGAGUGCGUUCAACUCGUCAUCCAGGCCGCUUCCGCCGGAGCUUUGGUCGCGAUUCCAACUGUCCGGACCGCUGCCCAAUGCGCCGAAUAUAAGGCCGCUAAGAACACUGACCUGGAUGCUAACGGACUGCUUCUGAUUGCCUUCGGCUUCCUUGGCAAAGUGGCCCAAGCCCCGAAAUGCCUUGUUGCCGUAAUAAAGACCUACAACGACUUGAUUACGCCAUUCGUUACCAAGUUAAAUGACUUGAAAUGCAUAUAAUUGGGAGACUAAUCUCACCCAGCCGUACAAAAAAAAGCGUGGAGAGCUAGGUUCCAUCAGCCCAAUAAAUAAAGCUAUCUGGCUGUA